CGAGACGAAUGAAGACGAAAAUCAGAAACCUGUCAUUAAAACAGAAGCUGUUGACAAUGAAACAACAGACAGUGCUUCAAAUUAUGCUUUCCAAACAGAAAAUCAGUUCAACCCAUACAAUGUUAACAUGGAACAAUGGUUAAUGGAAAAAUUAUACCGUCAGAACGAAAUGUAUCUAAGAAGUCUGAGCGCUGCUGCAGCGGCAGCAACAGCAUCAGUGUCGACACCUACUUCUACGUCGUCACCAUCGCCAUCAUAUACUUCAGAACCACAAACUAACGAUACUUCAUUAAAUGGAACAUCGGUUCCACAAGAACAUGAAAAAACAUCAGAAGAUAUUCGAGGUGCAAACUCAUCAAUUUUGCAAAUCUUGUCAACUCCCCCAACAUAUGCAGCUGCAACUCUAGCCAUGGAUGCUGCAGACAAGAAAAGAAAAGAGUUGUCAUUGAAACAAAAGGUUGAUAUGAUACAAUCAAGCAAUGGGAAAAGCCAGAGACAGCUAGCUGAUGAAUUCAAUGUGUGUAAAAGUCAGGUCCACAAUAUCAUGAAACGAAAAGAUGAAAUAUUAGAGACAUUUGAAUAUUCAACACCAUCAAAUAGAAAAAGACGCUUUAUAAGGACAGAAAAUGAAGAAAUCAACAUAUUGACACUGCAAUACUAUUUGAAAAUGAAAGAAAUGGAAAUAAAUGUGACAGGUUCAAUGCUACAAAGAAAGGCUAGGGAAGUUGCUCAACAGUUGGGUAGAACUGAGUUUAAAGCAUCAAAUGGGUGGCUUGAAAGUUUUCGAAAAAGACACAAAAUUGGAUCCUGUUAUUCUGGGAAUAAUAGUCCACAUGGUUCAGAAAGACUGCCUUCAUUUCCCAGCUUUGCAAAUAUAAUUAAAAGACAUGGAAAUGCAGAGGAAAGUCCUUCGUCAACACAGCAGGGUAAUGAAGCAAGUCCAGAAACAGAGCAACCACCAGUUCAUGUAAAUGAAUCAACAGAACAACAACCACAACAUCAAGCACAUCAUCAACAUAUUCACAUGAAUGGUUUCUCACCUCAUACAGUUGCAUUUGCAUAUCGUAUAGAGACUGAUAGUUUUGGUCAGAUAGAAGUUCCAUCAAGUAAAUACUAUGGUGCUAACACUGCCAGAUCUGUGCUCAAUUUUGACAUUGGUGGACCUUCAGAAAGAAUGCCAAUUCCUGUAAUAAGAGCUCUAGGAAUAUUAAAAAGAUGCUCCGCCGAAGUAAACCAGGAGUAUGGUUUAGAUCCUUCCAUAGCUAAUCUUGUUAUACAGGCAGCUGAUGAAGUGAUAGAAGGUAAACUAGAUGAACACUUUCCUUUGGUUGUGUGGCAGACUGGAUCUGGUACCCAGUCCAAUAUGAAUGUGAAUGAAGUAAUAAGUAAUAGAGCUAUAGAGAUAGCAGGUGGUCAGAUGGGAUCCAAGAAACCAGUUCAUCCUAAUGAUCAUGUAAACAUGAGCCAAAGUUCAAAUGAUGCCUUUCCAACAGCAAUGCAUAUAGCUGUUUGUUUAGAAGUUCAUACAAGGUUGUUACCCAGUCUUCAAGUUCUUAAGAAUACUAUGUUAGCUAAAAGCGAGGAGUUCAAAGACAUUGUCAAGAUAGGAAGAACACAUUGUCAGGAUGCUACACCACUGACUUUAGGACAGGAGUUUAGUGCUUACGUUGUACAGAUAGAUUACGGUAUACAGAGAGUCAGUAAUACACUACCAAGACUGUAUGAACUGGCUGCAGGAGGAACAGCAGUGGGUACAGGCCUUAACACAAGAAUAGGUUUUGCUGAGAAAGUGGCCAGUAAGAUAGCAGAGUACACAAAAAUACCAUUUAGAACUUCCAGUAAUAAGUUUGAAUCUUUAGCAGCCCAUGAUGCCCUGGUUGAGGCUCAUGGGGCAUUAAAUGUGAUAGCUGUAAGUCUGAUGAAGAUUGCCAACGAUGUUAGACUACUGUCAUCAGGGCCACGGUGUGGUAUAGGGGAAAUCUCAAUUCCAGAAAACGAACCAGGAAGUAGUAUUAUGCCAGGCAAAGUGAAUCCUACCCAGUGUGAAGCAGUAACCAUGGUAGCAGCUCAGGUGAUGGGCAACAAUACAGCUAUUUCAGUUGGUGGUUCGGGAGGACACUUUGAGCUCAAUUGCUACAAACCCAUGAUGGUCAGAAAUGUACUGCAGUCUGUCCGUCUGCUUGGGGAUUCUUGUGUAUCAUUUGCCAAAAACUGUGUAGUAGGAAUUAGACCAAAUACUGAAAGAAUUAAUCAAUUAUUAAACGAAUCUCUAAUGUUAGUGACCGCUCUUAAUCCUCAUAUAGGGUAUGAUAAUGCUUGUAAAAUUGCUAAACUUGCUCAUCAAGAUGGCUCAACACUUAAAGCAGCAGCUCUCAAGUUAGAGCUGUUAACACCUGAACAAUUUGAUCAAUGGGUUCAGCCAACUGAUAUGCUAGGACCUAAAUAAAUGUUUAUAAUCAUAUCAAAGAUCAAAGGCGCUCUAUUUCAGGUCAGAAUUUUCAUAUUUUUUUGUUAGAUAUUUCUGUCAUAAUAUUUGUUGGGAACACAAACGUGCUUUUAUUUUUAUUUUUUCAUAAUCUGACAAUAAAGUGAGAAAGUAAACUAUUUUCUAACCAGAUUUUAUUUAUUUUACACAAUUUGUUGAGAGUAAAAAAUGCAUUUUUAUUUUUCUUCACAAUCUAAUUGGGAAGUUACAAUACCUACAAAGUAAUAUUAAGAUCUGUUGUUUAUAGUUCAAACAUUACAUGUCAGAUUGUUGUUAUUGUCAGCAAAACAGUUGUGCAUUUAUGAAAAAAUGUUUUUGUUGUUGUUGAUUAUUCUUGAUAUUUUACAUCAGGAAAAAUUCUAAUAAAUGUUAUUACUUCUA